AUGGCUUCCCCAGAUGAGGAAUGGUCCAUUAUUUCGUCAUCUUCUGACUUGGAAGACGACCAGUCGACCCAGAGUUCGGUAAGGAGUGAGUUUGACGAAAUUAACGUUCUAUCUGAGCCUCGGAAUCAUGGAAUUGACAACGAUGAUUCCCUCGCCACCUUGCAAGUUCCCAAGUUUGUGGAGCAAAAUGAAGGCUCGGGAGACUUUAACCGGCCAGCUAAAGGAGAUGGGGAACCAGGAACAUCAGACUCUGAAAAGAUUAACGUAUUAAAGACGACGCAGACAGCUAGUGGUACAGAGCAGGACAGCAAAUUCGAUAACUGUGAAACACAGCCAGCAGACGACAAGCGGAUAUCGGAUGUGAUUCUGUUUUACGAAGAUUUGAAUCGUCAAAUCAAGAACACAUCAACCAAUUUCUGGUCUGCGGCCCGCUCCAAAUUGACAGAACAAACUCCAAAUGCCAACAGAGAGGAGAAGCUGUUGAGUAGCAAUGCUGUUGUUCAAGUGGCCCCAGCUCAGAGAAAGGAACGUCUGAAAUUUGUAGCUAUUUUGGAUGCAAAUUCCGAGUACCUUUUACAUUACUUGCUAGGUGCUGGAUUUGCCCUUUUGACGGCACUCGCAACCUACUACGUUUUCCAGCAGAGUUUGCAGUCGGCGCCCAGUGUUCCUGCCAGUCCUUAUGACGAUCUCAGAGAGAAAAUGGGCAAGGUGUGGACUACUUUGAUGUUCCAGCCAGAAGUGAGUUUGCCAUGGUACAAACGAUUAUGGCUUAAGAAACCACUCCGAGAGUCUAAAGUUCGCCAUUACACUGAUUUGGCAACGGCCACGAUCCACAAACUGACAGAAGCUAUUUCUCAUCGGAUUGCGGAGAUUCCGUUGAAACUGAUCUGGAAUCGUUUCGUUGAGUUUCCACUAAGACUGCUGUGGAAUCGGGUUUCUGAAAUUCCAGUGAAACAGAUGUGGAAUCUGAUUGCGGAUAUACCAGUGAAACUGAUGUGGAAUGACGCCGUGUUUCAGGCAAAGCUGGUACGGAACCAUGGGCUUGAGUUUGUUCGUUCAUUGCCAAUUGAUAACAUGAAAAAUUCGUUUUCCUCGACAUGGCACCAGACUCGAUAUGAGUACGGGUAUGUGUUCGCCAGCGCCAAAAAGUCACUGGCAGCUUUGAAAGAGAAUUUAGACUCACUUGCAAUCACCAUAUACCGAUAUGGCAAUGCUCUGAUACACCAGGUUUAUGCUUGGUUAACUGAGAGUAAACUGCGCUUUAUUGUCUGA